AUGGUUACAGAAAGCCAAAGUGUCCUAAUCACGGGAUCCGCACAGAAGCUGGAAAAUCUGUCUGCCAAGGGUAUAGAUGUCCUCGAGCUUGAUGUCACCCAGUCAGCGUCUAUCGCAGCAGCAAAGGAUAUUAUUAAAGAGCGUACUGGUGGAAAGCUGAAUGUACUUGUCAAUAAUGCGGGAGCGUUGAUCGAGUCGGCCGCCUUAGAUACCGAUAUCUCUGAUAUAAAGAGCAUGUAUGAUGUGAAUGUGUUUGGCCCAAUGGAAAUGGUUCGACAAUUCACCCCGUUACUGCUCCCUGUGAAGGGUACUAUCGUGAAUAUUGGAAGCAUUCUCGGCAUUAUGCCAUAUCCUUUUAUGUCCGCAUAUAACGCUUCAAAGGCCGCACUCGCCCAAUACUCGGAAACGCUGCGUCUUGAGCUUGAGCCCAUCGGAAUCAAAGUGGUGACAGUUGUGACUGGCCAAGUCAGUACCAACAUUGUUGCGUUGCCAACGCUUGAGGAAAAAUCAAUCUACAAACCACUGGAGCCGACUUUACAGGAAAGAGCUAAAGCUCAUAUAGAAAAGGGUAUGGACGCAGACUCCUACGCAAAUGCAGUAGUGAACCAUGUCACAGCCAGCUCAACGAAGCCUUGGUUCUGGAAAGGAACUAAUUCGACAGUAACUUGGUUUGUGUCAACAUUCGCUCCUAAGACUGCGUUUGAUUCCUUAAUGAAGAAGAUGUCAGGGUUAGGAAAGUCUCAAAAUGAGAUUAUGCAGCGAGCUAUGAAGACACUGUCCGCCUAG